AUGGCGAAACUACCCCCUCUCACUACCUUACCUUCCCCCAUCCAAUCGAAUCCCAAAGUUCGACGAGCUUAUGAUGCCAUUUGUGGACUUGAGGGGAGCUUGGAGUUGGAGUUGAACGCACCCGAACUGGCCUCGGAUGGUCAUCCGCUAGUUGGCCCAGCGGUAUCCACUGGCAGAGGGCAGGCGCAGGAAUUUUCUCUGGUGUGUUGCAGGCUUCUUGGGUAUCUGUUGCUCUACGCUCCGAACGAGCGUGCGAGGGAGCAUGUCGCAGACGAAAUUAUUGAAUGCGAGGGAAGGAAGGAGCGGUUGGAGGACCUUGGAAGGUUCUAUUAUGUUUGUUUUAUUGGUGUUUUCCAAUCGAGAAGCUGUCGUACGCCUAUACCUUCCCCCGACUCUCCGCCCUUCAACCGACCCGCCUUCGACAUCCGAGAAGAUAUGGAUAGGGAUGUGCGUAGGGAUCCUCCACUGGAUCAUGUUACAGCUAAGAAAUACGCCCUAAUUCGGGAUGGCUAUCGAUGCGUAAUGACCGGGUACUACGACGGGCCCUCAUGCGAGGCUUUGCCCCAGUUAGCCCAGAAAGUGACAGAGAAGAGGAGCCCCGCUUCGAUUACGCGGUGUUUUCAUUUCCUUCCUAUCCUGGAGCCGGAUAGCGAAAAUGGGAAUUCGGACCAGCGGCACCCAGGUGAUAACGGAAAAUCGAAGAACCCACCCCUGGAUGUAAAUUUGAAUGAAGGCUGGACGCGCAUACUCAGAAACUUUGGCUACGCUGACGUCGUCGACGAGAUGUAUUCCGAUCCAAGCGGUCUGGGUGCCCAUCGACUCGACAACGCGGUGACGCUUCGGCUGGAUACCUGUCUUACAUUCCAGGAAAGUAGAAUCUGGAUAGCGCCCUUGGACGACCCAGCGACUCAGCCUCCCAACACGUAUAAGCUCGAAGCCUCCGAUCCAAUCUUCCUCAUCGGCCAGCCUCCUACCCUCACCUUCCAAUCCAGCGACCCAGCAAACCUCCCGCUUCCGAACUCGAGGUACCUGGAAAUCUACACAUCUUGCGCUCGGGUUGCACAUUUUUCGGGAGCGAGGAGGUUUAUGGAGGAUGUGUUAAAGGAUUAUGAGGAGAGGGGUGUGUUGGAGAGUGAUGGGUCUUCGGCAAGCCUUUUGGCUCAUUUGUUGAUUUUGAACCAGACGCGGAGGGAUUGA